UUCACACAAAGAAGAGAUGGAAGAAAGAAAGAGAUCUGGUUCUUCUACGUUGGCUGAUGAACUUUUCGGGCCGAAAGAGUCACCUGUUUCGUGUUCUUCCGGAAGAUUUGGCUCUAUUUUCCGGCCAACUCCCCCACCAAAGGUCGUAAGAUCGGAAUCUCCAUGUCCUGAAGAAAAUGAAAAGAAGUCAGACUCUGAUAAUCAAGCAGCGAAUACAAAAAUUAGUCCACUAGCAGAAGCUAAUAACGAUAAAAUAAGCCAAGGGGAACAAACGAGCGACCCGAAUAAAGAUAGAAGCUCAUUUUAUGAGGUUGUACAAAUGAUGCAGACACCCUGUACUCUCAGUUCUUCCAUAUACUAUGGGGGUCAAGAUAUACUCAUGCAUCCUCGAUCUCAGAACACCCAUCGCUCUGUCUACGCUACGGUGAGUUCAUGA